GUAGCUGCAUGCAGGCCUCGCCUGUGUUAGUGACAGACUACCAUAGUAAGGACGACCAACAUGCCAAUGACCUGCACCCGUGUCACUUGAGGUCUUGGGCUGGACUGUCGAGGCAAGACGUGUCAACACUGCGAAACAACAGCUCCAAGGACCCACGGGCCUUUCUGUUGGCUUUCCUGUCAUGGCGGACUUCGAUCUUAAUUCGUCCUAUAUUCCUGCCUUGCACAAACCCUCGGCACUGCUGCCUGUUGCCAAGCAUCGGGAGAGCCUGCUGUUCCUCAUAGAGACAAAUCCAGUCACAAUUGUCGUCGGUCAGACUGGCUCCGGCAAGACUACACAGAUCCCUCAGUUCCUCGAAGCCGCCGGCUGGUGCAGCGACGGCAAGAUCAUUGGUAUCACACAGCCAAGACGCGUAGCUGCUACUACUGUCGCAGUCCGUGUCGCCGAAGAAUAUGGCUGCGAACUCGGCAAGCAAGUCGGCUACUCAAUCCGCUUCGAAGAUGUCACAUCAGCAGUAACAAGUAUCAAGUUCAUGACAGACGGAUUGCUGAUCCGAGAAGCGCUCGUCGAUCCCCUCCUUUCCCGGUAUUCCGUGAUCAUGGUCGAUGAAGCCCAUGAGAGAUCGAUAAGCACCGACAUACUUCUGGGAUUGCUGAAAAAGAUUUUACGUCGAAGGCCGGAGCUGCGUAUUAUCAUUAGCAGCGCCACCCUGCAGGCUGACGAGUUCUUGCGCUUCUUUGCUGAUGGCGACGCGACUGGAAGCCAACCAGGAGCAAUCAUCACUUUAGAGGGCAGAACAUAUCCAAUCGAUGUGCUAUAUCUGGAACAAGCCACCGAGGACUAUGUAGAGUCUGCGGUUUCUACUGUGUUCCAAAUCCACCAAAAAGAAGCUGCUGGUGAUAUCCUUGUGUUUCUUACUGGCCGCGAGGAGAUAGACUCGGCAGUGCAAGCGAUUGAAGAGCGAUCGGCCCAGCUCUCGCAGGGCUCUAGCAGGAUCGUCCCGCUCCCACUCUACGCGGGACUGACCACGGAGCAACAGAUGUAUGUGUUUGAACCGGCAGCGGCGAACACAAGAAAGGUCAUCCUCUCGACGAAUAUCGCGGAGGCAUCAGUCACGAUCGACGGCGUCGUCUACGUCGUUGACUGCGGAUUCGUCAAGCUUCGUGCCUUCAAUCCCCAGACAAGCAUUGAGAGCCUGACGGUUACACCGGUAUCGAAGGCAUCUGCCCAGCAAAGAGCUGGUCGGGCUGGCCGGACCAGACCCGGCAAGUGCUUCCGGCUUUACAGCGAAGAUGCUUACCAGUCGCUGCCCGACAUCACUGCACCCGAAAUCCAACGCUCGAACCUGGCACCUUUCAUUCUCCAGCUCAAGGCUCUCGGCAUAGACAACGUUGUGCGAUUUGAUUAUUUCACUCCACCGCCAGCAGAACUUAUGCUGAGAGCCACUGAACUGCUGUUCUCACUUGGCGCACUCGACGAAUAUGCCAAACUGACUCGGCCACUAGGCAUGCGCAUGGCGGAACUUGCCGUCGAACCGAUGAUGGCGAAAACACUGCUCUCUUCUCCCGCCUUUGGCUGUCUCGAGGAGAUGCUGUCUAUUGCUGCCAUGACGGCUUUAGGCGGCUCUGUGUUCUAUGCAGACGGCAAUAAAAAGCAGCUAGACGGUGCACGCCGUCGUUUUGCAGCGGAAGAAGGUGACCACUUGACCCUUUUGAAUAUCUAUCAAGCUUUUGUCACCAAGGGCAAAAAGGAGUCCAAAUUCUGCCAUGAAAAUCACCUCAAUUACAAGUCUCUGCUGCGCGCUGUGAGCAUUCGAGGGCAGCUCCGCCGUUAUCUGGAGCGCUUCGGCUUGACAGCCGAGAUAGCAUCCCAGAAUCCUGCAAUCCCCAAAGCAGAGUCGAUUCGGCGGUGCUUGACAACCGGAUUCUUUGCGCAUGCGGCGAGAAUGCAGCCUGAUGGCACAUUUCUCAAUGUCGCUGGAGGCACAGUGCUAUACGCUCACCCCAGCUCUCUCAUGUUCAACAGGAAGGCGGACUGGGUCAUAUUUCACGAGGUCAUCGAGUCAGGGAAGAAAACGUUCAUCCGAGAUGUCACCAAGAUUGAGAAAGCAUGGCUGUUGGAGUACGCCGCAGACUUCUACCAGCUCAAGACCUAGCUGAGGUAGCCGCAGUACUUGGAGAGUCAGAAUCCAUGGAGUAUGUUCUUGACACGCAAUGACUCCAGAGAUAUCACUACCUGAAUCCCAUGGUCGUAGGCAACGCCAGUAGCCCUGGUUCCGAUUUGCUCAGGAUUUCGUCGAUCUCGUCGAUCUGCCC